AUGGCCCGCUCUGAGGCGCCAGGGGCCCGAGGCUUGAGGCUGCGGUUCUUACUUGUGCUUAAUGUUUUGUUGCUCUUGCCGUUUUUGCGUGGAACCCAGGCCAACAAGCUUAACGUGCCCCAGGUGUUGCUACCCUUCGGCCGGGAGCCGGGGCGAGUGCCCUUCCUGCUGGAGGCCCAGCGGGGCUGCUACGUUUGGCAUUCCACCCAUGAGGAUGUGGUAACUGUUGAGCCUUUAUAUGAAAAUGGCACCGUAUGUUCUCAGAGAGCUGUACUCAUUGCUGAAUCUACCCAGCCAAUCCGCCUCAGCAGUGUUAUUCUUGCUCGAGAAAUAGUGACUGACCAUGAACUACGCUGUGAUGUGAAGGUUGAUGUGAUAAACAGCAUUGAAAUUAUAUCUCGGACCCGGGAACUCUAUGUAGAUGAUUCUCCUCUGGAACUGAUAGUGAGGGCACUGGAUGCUGAAGGAAAUACUUUUAGCAGUUUGGCAGGAAUGAUGUUUGAGUGGAGCAUUGCUCAAGAUGACAAGUCGGCAAGAGAAGAACUGUCUAGCAGAAUUAGGAUUCUGAAAUACUCUGAAGCAGAAUAUUCUCCCCCAGGCUAUAUAGUUGAGAUGGAAAAAGAAGAAAAACGAGGAGAUAUGAUUUUGGUGUCUGGUAUUAGAACUGGUAUUGCUGCUGUAAAAGUCCGAAUUUAUGAACCAUUCUAUAAGAAAGUGGCAUCCGCAAUGAUACGUCUCCUUGUUUUGGAGAAUAUCUUUCUUAUACCAUCCCAUGAUAUUUAUCUCUUAGUAGGAGCAUAUAUCAAGUACCAAGCUGCAAAAAUGGUUCAGGGAAGAAUAACAGAGGUGAAAUUUCCCCUGGAACAUUAUACACUGGACUUGCAAGAUCAUAGAAUUACACAUAAUGGAUCUCUCUCUAGCAAAGUGGCUUUACUGGAUGAGAAGACGGCCACAGUGACUGCCUUCCAAUUGGGCCAAGCUAAUCUUGUCUUUGUCCACAAAAAUGUCCAUAUGCGUUCUGUGUCUGUACUCCCGAACCACACCAUCUACGUUGUAGAUCCCAGAUUUUUAGGUUUCACAGUCUCCCCUGGAGACCGGUGGAGUCUGGAGGUAGGACGGAUGUACGCCAUUACGGUAGAGGUGUUUGAUAAAAGCAGCACAAAGGUCCACAUGUCAGACAACCUCAGAAUUACGUACAACUUUCCAGCAGAGUAUUUUGAAGAGCAACUAACUACUGUGAAUGGAUCUUACCAUGUAGUAAAAGUGCUAAAAGCUGGUGUGGUGGAGAUAAAUGCAUCCCUGACCUGCAUUGUUCACCAGAAUAAUAGUAUUCAACCUAUCAAACUUCUGAUCCAGCACCAGCAAGAAGUGAUUAUUUAUUUUCCCAUCAAGCUUACACCUGACUUCCUGGCAUUUCCCCAUCAUCCUCUAGGAGUGCUGCCUCACUAUCAAGUACAGGUAGAGGGUGGUAGUGGCAACUUCACCUGGAGCUCUUCUAAUGAAACAGUGGCCAUGGUAACCACCAAAGGUGUAGUAACUGCUGGUCGAGUCCAGGGCAACAGCUCAGUGUGGGCCCGAGACGUACAAAAUCCCUGUCGAUAUGGGGAGAUGAAGGUGUAUGUCCUGAAGCUGAACAAAAUGGAAUUGUUGCCCUUCCACGCUGAUGUGGAGGUUGGCCAGGCUAUAGAAAUCCCCAUUGCGAUGUAUCACGUGAAUGCGACUGAGCAGGCCAUGGCCUUCACGGACUGUUCUCAUCUGCCCUUGGAUCUCAGCAUGGACAAGCCAGGAGUCUUCACUCUCCUCGAAGGAGGUAUCCAAAGACCUGGACCGAGGCACUGCUCCAGUAUCCACAUAGCAGCCAGAUCUCUAGGCCACACUCUGGUGACAGUGAGCGUGAGUGGACAUGAGGAGCACGUGGACAGCACUGCCACAUUCGCUGCCUAUGAACCGCUGAAGGCUCUAAGUCCCCUGGAAGUGGCGUUGGUAACUUGGCAUUCUAUGAAGGAAAUGGUGUUUGAAGGAGGGCCUCGUCCGUGGAUCUUGGAACCUUCCCGAUUUUUUCUGGAGCUGAGUGCAGAGAAGACAGAGACCGUUGAAAUAGCAGAAGUCCGGCUUCCAGCUAAGAGGAAACAGAACCAGUACAAAUACCGAGUCCUGUGCCUAGAUUUAGGAGAACAAGCUCUCACAUUCCGAAUUGGAAAUCACCCAGGUGUUCUGAACCCUCAUCCAGCUGUGGAAACGGUGCAGGUGCAUUUCGUGUGUGCCCACCCUGCCAGCGUGUCAGUGACACCAGUGUACAUGCUGCCAGCUGGGGCCCAGCCAUGUCCUCUGCCACAGCACAGCACACAACUGAUUCCUGUAUCAAGACUGAGGGACACAGUCCUGGAACUUGCAGUAUUUGAUCAGCACAGAAGAAAGUUUGAUAAUUUCAGCUCACUAAUAUUAGAAUGGAAAUCUUCUAAUGAAACACUGGCCCAUUUUGAAGAUUAUAAAUCAAUGGAGAUGGUAGCCAAAGGUGAUGGCAGUGGGCAGGCCCAGGCACAUGGUCAUCGAAUCCUUAAAGUACAUCAGAUAAAAGGGUCUGUAUCCAUUGGAGUCGAUUUUGUGGGCUAUUCAGAGAAGAAAAGCCCAAAGGACAUUGCCAACACACCCAGAUCUGCAGCUGUGGAGCUGCUCCUAGUGGAUGAUGUGACUGUGUUUCCAGAGAAUGCCACCAUCUACAACCACCCUGAUGUGCAGGAAGUAUUUAGCCUUGUGGAAGGAUCUGGUUACUUUUCAGUCAGCAGCCAUGAGCAGGGCAUUGCCAGCAUCACUUAUGCAGAAGCAGACAGCUCUGUGCAGCUCGUUCCUGUACAGCCUGGAUCGCUCACCUUGGAAGUCCAUGACCUGUGCCUGCCUUUCUCUAGGCCAGCAAAAGCCCACCUCAGGGUGUCGGACAUACAAGAGCUGGAACUCGAUCUGAUCGAUAAGGUUGAGAUAGGCAAAACUGUCUUAGUGACAGUGAGGGUUCUCGACUCUUCCAAGCGCCCAUUCCAGAAUGCAUACUUCAAGAACAUGGAGCUCAAGCUGCAGACUGCGUCAGCCAUUGUCACGCUGACACCAAUGGAGGAUGAGGAUGCGUACUCUGAAAACUACAUUCUUCGGGCCGUCACUAUUGGGCAAACCACACUUGUGGCUACUGCCAGAGACAGGAUGGGAAGAAAAUUCACAUCAGCGCCUCAGCACAUUGAGGUGUUUCCUCCAUUCAGACUUGUUCCAGAGAAAAUGACCCUGAUUCCAGCUAACAUGAUGCAGGUGACAUGUGAAGGCGGCCCUCAGCCCCAGUCUAUCAUUCUCUUCUCCAUCAGUAACCAGACUGUGGCUGUUGUGAACAGGAGAGGCCAAGUGACAGGGAGAGUGGUUGGCACAGCUGUGGUCCAUGGAACCAUCCAGACAGUAAAUGAAGACACUGGCAAAGUCAUUGUAUUUUCCCAGGAUGAAGUGCAGAUUGAAGUUGUUCGGCUAAGGUCUGUUAGGAUUGUUGCGGCAACAACUCGGCUCAUCACAGCUACUGAGAUGCCAGUGUAUAUCACCGGAGUGACCAGUACGCAGAGUCCUUUCUCCUUCGGCAGUGCCAGCCCUGGGCUUACAUUCCACUGGUCUCUGAGCAAAAGGGAUGUCCUGGAUCUAGCACCCAGGCACUCGGAGGUUUCCCUGCAGCUUCCAGAUGAGAAUAAUUUUGCUAUGGUUGUUCACACAAAAGCAGCUGGGAGGACCAGCAUCAGAGUCACUGUCCGCUGUGUGAACAGCUCCUCUGGGCAGUUUGAAGGGAGUGUAUCAGAACUGUCAGAUGAAGUGCAGAUCCUGGUGUUUGAAAAACUCCAACUUUUCAAUUCAGAGUACCAGCCUGAGAAGAUUCUAAUGCCAAUGAAUUCUCAGCUCAAACUUUACACUAACAGAUCAAAUAUGGAAGAGGCCUCAGAGGUGGCCCCGGUGAAGUACCUGCGAGUCAGCAGCCAGCCCAGACUGUACACAGCCCCGGGAAGGACCCUGUCGGCCUUUCCCGUGGGCAUGGCUCUCACCUUCAUGGGUCACUUUUACAGUAGCAUCGGAGAGAAAUUCCACACCCACAACACUCAGCUUUAUCUAUCUCUGAACAGAGAUGACCUGCUGCUUAUUGGACCAGGGAGUAGGAACUACACUUACACGGCCCAGGCCGUGAGCAGAGGAGUGACACUGGUGGGGCUCUGGGACCAGCAGCACCCAGGCAUGGCAGAUUACGUUCCUGUUGCUGUGGAGUAUGCCAUCGAGCCAGACACCACACUGACGUUUGUGGGGGACGUCAUCUGUUUUAGCACUCAUCUCGUCAACCAGCAUGGUGAACCUGGGAUAUGGAUGAUUGCUGAUGACAAUAUUCUACAGACAGAUAUUGUCACUGGAGUUGGAGUGGCCAGGAGUCCCGGAACCACAGUGAUUUUUCAUGACAUCUUAGGAGUAGUGAGAACAUAUCGAGAGGUGACAGUCAAGGCAUCAUCAAGACUGACAUUUACGUAUGACCUCAGGACUUCACUCACCAACAGCCCCAACUCAACUGUAUUCAAACUCUUCAUCACGACUGGCAGAAAUGAUGUCAAUAUGAAAGGUUCUUGCACCCCAAGUCAGGCCUUGGCCAUUAUGGAAGUCCUCUCUCCAGAGACCCUGGUGCUGUGCCAUGUGCAGUUCAGUAAUACGCUGCUAAACAUUCCAGCAAGUAAAGUUUUUCACGUCCGCUCAGAUUUCAGCAUAGAAAAAGGGGUCUAUGUCUGCCUGAUCAAGGUUAGAGCACAGUCAAAGGAGCUGCUCCAAGCCCUCAGCAUGGCCGACACCUCUGUGUAUGGCUGGGCCAUGCUCCUCAGCAACAGCACCAAGUAUGGGAUGCAGAGAAUCCUCAUUCCUUUCACCCCCGCCUUCUACAUCAACCAGUCACAACUGUUCCUCGGCCACACGCUAGACACUGCUAUGCUAAGAAUACAAGGAGUGGACAGAGUUCUUGAGAACCUAGAGGUCUUCCCUAGCUCCCCAGUUCUGGCAGUCGCUGGGCACAGGCACUCCCCAGGCCUGGCUACAUACCCUGUCCUGGUAACCAACUUCACUGCCUUCCAGCAGAUGGCCUUCCCUGUGUUCAUUAACAUCUCCUGUGCACUCACUAGGCAGAAUGAGGCUGUGGUAGUGAGAGCUAUGAGAGGUAAACCUAAUGCAGAUAAAUAUGAAGAUUUGGGCGUCUUCAGCCGACUGACUGGUUCUUCCCAGAUCUUCUUCACCUUCUUUGUGGUGCUGGCAUCCACAGCUUUCCUCUUUUUAGCAUACAACGCUUUCAUAAACAAGAUACAGACUGUUCCAGUUGUGUAUGUACCAACUGUAAGAACACCACAGCCAGGCCUUUAUACCUCCACAAAUUCUCUCUCAACCUUCACCAGCCCACCAGCCCCAGUCCCCUGGAGCAGGCUUCCACGCUGGGUAUGGAGUGCAAGGCACUAACCAGAAUGUGGAGGAAUAUCCUGGAACUGUCAGGGAAUGAAGAUUUCCAGCCAGUCACGAAGCCCAGCCACAUUCGCUACCCUAUGUAUCAG